GCCUUGUCCCUCCCCCAGUCACCCCCCCCUCUCCCCCCCCGCCUCUGCGGCCGGCGGGUGGGCAGCUCCGAGUCGGCAGCGAGGCUGAGACCGGCAUGUCCCGCCGCUCGGUUACUCUUUCUUUGUGACGGUUGCUUCCUGGGGAGGUUAUGAUGGCGGGCUGUGAUUCCAUCACUAGCCCAGUGGUGCGACAGAUUGACAAGCAGUUUCUGGUCUGCAGUAUUUGUCUUGACCGAUACAACAACCCCAAAGUGCUGCCGUGUCUGCACACGUUCUGUGAGAGGUGCCUGCAGAAUUACAUCCCCCCACAGAGCCUGACCCUGUCGUGCCCUGUCUGCCGUCAGACCUCGAUCCUCCCUGAAAAAGGAGUGUCCGCUUUGCAGAAUAAUUUCUUCAUCACCAACCUGAUGGAGGUGCUGCAGGGCAAUGCAGCCUGUAACCAGGAGCAAGCCUCUCUGAAGGAUACGGUCAGUGCAGUGUCUGGACACUCCCUGUCGUGUCCCAACCAUGAAGGCAAGGGAAUGGAGUUUUAUUGUGGAUCCUGUGAGACUGCAAUGUGCAGGGAGUGUACUGAGACUGAGCACCGCGAUCACCGCACAGUGCCGCUCCGUGAUGUGGUCGAUCAGCACAAGGCCUCGCUCCGGCUGCAGUUGGACGCCAUCAAAUCCCGGUUGCCCCAGCUGAAUGCUGCCAUUGAGCUGAUUCAUGGGAUCUGCCAACAGCUGAUUGCCAACAAGGACAUCGCGGUCACUGAGAUCAGCACCAGCUUUGAGGAGCUGCAGCAAGCCAUUCAGCUACGGAAGGCCUCACUCAUCUCCGAUCUGGAGGGGCUCUGUAACGGUAAACGGAAGGUUCUUGAGAAGCAGUUGGACUAUCUGCUGCAGGGUCAGGAGAAGAUACAGAGUAGCUCAGAAUUCACGGAGCAGGCCCUGAGCCAUGGCACGGAGACUGAGGUGCUCCUGGUGAAAAAACAGAUGACGGAGACAUUAAGCGAGCUCGCUGCACAGGACUUUCCUCUCCAACCCCAGGAAAAUGAGCACCUAGACCUGAGGGUGGAGACUGACGUGGUGAGGAAGUCUAUCCUGAAUCUUGGAGUUCUGGUCACCACCAAUGCCGUAGCACAGCAGACUGUAGCCACUGGAGAGGGUCUUCGGCAUGCUGUGGUUGGCCAGCAGACCACAGUUACUAUAACAACCAAGGAUAAAGAUGGAGAGCUUGUGAAGAGCGGUAAUGCGACCCUGCAGGCAGAAAUCAUUGCUCCUGACGGUAGCUGCACUCUGGGCGAGAUUGUGGACAAUAGGAAUGGAACGUAUGAGCUCCUUUACACACUGAAGAUGGAGGGUGACUUCACACUGUCUGUGACUCUGUAUAAUCAACCUGUCAAAGGAAGUCCUUACCGAGUCCGAGCCACCAAACCCUCUGACUCCUCACAUUCUCCUGAGGACGUCAAGCGCAGGGUAAAGUCUCCGAGUAGUGGUCACAUCCGUCAGAAAGCCGUCCGCCGUCCGGCCAGCAUGUAUGGCACUGCCAAAAAAAAGGAGAACCCCAUCGAGGAUGAGCUAAUUAUCCGUGUGGGGACCAGAGGCCGAGAGAAAGGGGAAUUCACCAACCUUCAGGGAAUCUCUGCAUCAGGAAAUAAUCGCAUUGUAGUGGCUGACAGCAAUAACCAGUGUAUCCAGGUCUUUUCCAAUGAUGGACAAUUCAAGCUGCGAUUCGGGGUCCGGGGACGGUCGCCAGGACAACUGCAACGGCCAACCGGAGUGACCAUUGACCCCAACGGGGACAUCAUUGUAGCCGAUUAUGACAACCGCUGGGUCAGCACCUUCACCCCUGAUGGCAAGUUCAAGGGUAAGAUUGGAGCUGGGAAGCUGUUGGGACCAAAGGGAGUGGCUAUCGAUCACAAUGGUCAUCUGAUCGUGGUGGAUAACAAGGCAUGCUGUGUCUUCAUUUUUCAGUGCAAUGGGAAGCUGGUGUCUCGGUUCGGGGUGCGUGGCACUGCAGACAGACAGUUUGCAGCAUCGGGGUACUGUGAGCUCACCAGUGGUCCAAUGGAAGGAAUACCCAAUAACGUAUGCAUCCAGGACUUUGGCAGAUCGAGAAAGAAGGUUUGCUGAUCAGAUUUGGAGCCAGGAAGCUGCAUUAAUACUUUUACAGACAUAAGUUUGUAAUAGUAACAGACUACAAACCCCUGCUAUGUCUGCAUAAAGUGGGUCAGGACAGUAUUGCCUAUAGAUUCAGGCUGACUUCAGCUGUGGACUCUAAUAUUAGAGCGCAUAUAAUUUCAAGUUGCAACACUGUCUGGGAAGCCAAGUAGCGAAUGUGGAUGUAUUGAGCCACCUCCCGCAGAUCCAACACCUGUGGUACUCCCAAUGGAAGGCUACGUAAUGGUUUUAAAUUUUCUGGACACUCUUCUAUUCGCAGCUGAUAACAUCAGACUUUGGAUGUAGAAAGAUUCGGUCCUGGGAAAAUAAACAGUGGGCGGUGAUGGGGGUAAAACCGGAGGGCCAUUACAACUGGAACUGAAACCUUUUGGACCCAGAGAAACCAGAUUGCAGUAGAAGAUGGCAUAUCAUUAUGGGGAGCAAGAAUGAUUGUCCUUGACAAAAGUGGCUGCCAGAUGUGUGGUGAGCUCCACUUGGGUCAUCCAGCAGUUUCCAAAAUGAAAGUGUUGGUGAAAAGUUAUGUCUGGUAGCAAGGCUUGGGUGUGGACGUUGCUAUGUUGGUGGGUCAGUACUGCCAACAGCGUCCCUGCUUUUGUGGUAAUGGCUGGGUAAACCCUGGACUCAGUUACAUGUUGACUAUGCUGGCCCUUUCCUUAACUCAACGUUCUUAGUCAUGAUGGACACCCACUCAAAGUGCUUGGACGUAGAUAGAGUUGACUUGUCAAACGCAAGGGUAGAGAUAGAAAAAGUGUCCCCAACUUUUGCAAUACGCAGACUCUCGGAAGUGUUGGUGACAAGUAACAGGCCAUUGUUAAUCAGCAGGGAAUUUGAGUAUUUUCUAAAGUUGAAUGGCAUUCGACUUCGCAGGAUGUUUCCAUACCGUCUGGCAGAGGGAGCAGUCCAAACUUUGAAGGCAUCCUUGAGAAACAGCCUACAGCUUUACCAGAUACCAAACUGUCCCUGUUCCUUAUUAAAUAUUGGACCAUCCCUCAUGCAAUUACAGAAAUAGCUUCAGAAGAGUUGCUAAUGGAGAGAAGACUCUGCCAGGUUUAAUCUGAUCUUUCUGGAUCUGUGGGGGAGAGUAAAAUGUUGCUGGGGACAUCAAGGCCUCACACCAGAGUCUGCUCAGUGAGAGAGACAGUUUACUUCAGGGGACCAAGUUUGGUGUAGGAACCACUGGAAUGGCUCUGCGUGGGUGAGAGGCAUAGUCAAUGUGAGGUCAGACCCCUUGCUGUAUUAAGAUUGGUUAGGUGCGACGGUCCUGAACUAGCAUGUGGACCAUAUGAAAGCUGCAAACUUGCAGACGGGCAUGAGCAAAAUGUGCCAGGCUCCUCAACAGCCUUUCUGACUGUUCUGGGACCUGUGGGUUCUCUCUCCCUGUCAUGCGUUGAUGAUACCAUAGAAUCUGAGAUGGACUCGGUAGAUGUUGCCACCCUAACUCCUUUGCUGCCUGAAGAAGGGAAUAAAUUUCUUCUGAGGUACUCUGGGCACACGACACAAGUGACUGUGCAUUAUACAUGCUCAUCUCAAAGCGCGAGUUGGAGGAACCUGACCUGGUGCGAAAAGACCGCUGGAGAAACUGGAGGUAAAGGAACCUGCCUGUGCCCUCUGACUCUGGGAGGGAAGUAUUGAUUUGUAGCAGGGUCAGCCAGGUGCUCCUCAUAGAAUCUGAGUUCCCUGCUUGGGGCUGUUAAUCUGGUCCAAUCGGGAGCCUUGGCUGACGGGUGCCAGGGGCUCUAAUUCACUCUAGACCUGGCUCUGUGGAACCUGGAUUAGAGACAAGGACUCUCCAUGUAUAA